AUGUCUUGUUAUUGCUUCCUUGCAAAGAGAGCAAAGAAGACUUCUGAUACUGCACCAGACUUUGAUGGAGAUGGGAUAACAACCAUAGAGUCGUUGCAACUUGAUUAUAGAACAAUCCAAGCUGCAACAGAUAAUUUUUCAGAAAAUAAUAAGAUUGGUCAAGGUGGAUUUGGUGAAGUUUACAAGGGUACAUUUUGGAAUGGGACUGAAGUUGCAGCGAAGAAACUGUCAAAAUCGUCAGGACAAGGUGACAUAGAGUUCAUGAACGAGGUUGUUGUUGUUGCAAAGCUUCAGCACAGAAACUUGGUUAGGCUUCUCGGAUUUUCUCUAAAUCGAAAAGAAAGGAUAUUGGUCUACGAGUAUGUGCCUAACAAAAGCCUUGAUUACUUCCUCUUUGACACUUCAAAGCAAGGCCAGCUGGACUGGUCUCGACGAUACACAAUCAUUGAAGGGAUUGCUCGGGGGAUGCUAUAUCUUCAUCAAGAUUCACGAAUCACAAUCAUUCACCGUGACCUUAAGGCGAGUAACGUACUCCUAGAUGCGGAUAUGAAUCCAAAAGUUGCUGAUUUUGGAAUGGCGAAGAUCUUUGGAAUUGAUCAAACCCAAGGAAACACAAGCAGAAUAGUUGGUACCUUCGGUUAUAUGUCUCCUGAAUAUGCCAUGCAUGGCCAUUUCUCAAUGAAAUCAGAUGUCUAUAGCUUUGGAGUGUUAGUUCUUGAAAUUAUAAGUGGAAAGAAGAACAGCAAAUUCUACGAGAAAGACGGCGCACAUGACUUGGUCACAUAUGUUUGGAGGCUAUGGAGUAACGGAACAACAUUAGACAUUGUGGAUCCUGUUAUUUUAGAUAAUUGCCAAAAGAGUGAAGUGGUUCGAUGCAUCCAUAUCGGUCUUUUAUGCGUUCAAGAAGAUCAUAUAGUGCGUCCGACCAUGCGAACCAUUUUAAUGAUGCUCACUAGUAAUACAGUGACUUUACCAGUGCCUCGACAACCAGGGUUUUUUGUUCAGAGUAGGCCCCAAAAUGACCCGCUAAAUUCAGAUCAAUCAAGGACAAGCAACUCUUUUCCAGGGUCUCUCGACGAUGCAUCAGUCACUGAGUUAUCUCCUCGUUGA